AUGAAGACACAUUCUGGUAUCAUCCUGCAUCUGCUGGUGAUGUCCUUUGGGAGAAUGUCGCUGUCGCAGGAGGACCACAGCGCCCAGGGAACAGGGAACCAGGAGAAGUGGGAGGGGGACCUGCAGUCAGCUUCCAGCCUAGAGGAGCUCCUUAGGCUUAUAAACUUCCCGGAUUGGAAGCUGUGGAGGUGUCGGCUCAAACUGAAGCACCUGGAGCAGCCCUUGAACCCUGAGCAGAACGGCCCCUCUUCUUCCAGCUCCCAACGGACCACCCGUGGCACUGCCACUCCCAUUACUGAUGAAAUUCUCCAAGCCAUUGACAAUGAGUGGCAGAAGACCCGCUGCAUGCCGAGGGAGACGUGUGUGGACGUUGCCAAUGAGCUGGGCAGCAGUCCGGACAUGUUCUUCAAGCCGCCCUGUGUCUCUGUCUUUAGGUGUGGUGGAUGCUGCAACAGGGAGGGCGUCACAUGCAGAAACACAAGUACUACCUAUGUUGAUAAGACACUCUUCACAGUGGUAUCCAUUAACAAGCAGACACAUCCAGUUCUGAUAAAGGUGGCCAAUCACACAGAGUGUGAAUGUAUGGAGCCAGCUGUAAUUCGUCGGCAUGUCCACCCAAGCCGAUUUAAUGGGUGUUCAUCUCUGCUGCAGACUUUGGAUCCAAAGAACACCCGCAGUCUGUGUCCCAGGGGACUGAUCUGGGACUGCACAGAAGAUCAGUGCAUCCCGUACCCUUCUAGGAAAAGGGUCGGAAUUGUUCUUGUACAGAAGAAAGUGUCUAGAAGGAGCGCUGCGCAGUUCUAG